UGCUUUGAAUCGGAGGCAAUUUUAACCGUCGGGCGCCGAGGUAGUACGAAACAAGCUGUUUGCCAACCGCCAUUUAACUCCUCAAAGACGACGAAGAAGAAAAUACAAACUACAAAAACAACAACAAUAACAAAAAGAAGUAGGCUAUAUUAAAGUCCAAACUGCCAGAUGAUCAUGGAUUUGGACUCCAUGAAGUAUGCGGAGCUGCGAAGCCUUGCGAAGGAGCUGGGACUAAAGGCAAAUAUGAAGGCCGAUAAACUCCUGAAAGCCAUCAAACAACACUACGAACAACAAAACAAAGCGCAGGAACAAGACAACUGUACUGUACAAGAUCCUCCAACUGCAGCUCCAGAGAGUGAGCAGGCGUUGCAGGAUGCUGUUGGUCAUGAUGAAGCUGCCAGUGCUGUUGCGUUUGUGAAUACCCGGCGGGGUAGAGGCAACUGUACAAAGAGAAAGAUAUCCUCUGGUGCUGCUGAGGUUGAUGGCCCAUCUGAAUUAUGCAACCCGCCAUCCAGUGCAGUGGAUAAGAAAAAAAGAAAGGUGUCCCCUGACAGGGACUCUGAAGUGACUGCACUGGAGCCCCAACCUGCUGAUAAAGACCAGCAGCAACCUAACUCCAGCGAGCAAAACUCCCUGCAUGCAGAAUCAGAAAUUCCACAUACAGAGAAGGCUCCAAAAAUGGCCAAAGGUGGCAGGAUCCCUCGUUACCAAGGGUUACAGCAGAAAAGCAAGACUUUGUUAAAACCCAACACUCCCAACUUCAAAAAGCUCCAUGAGGCCCAAUUCAACAAGAUGGAAUCCAUUGACAGCUAUGUUCAGAGGAAGAAAAAGCAGACAGAGACCUACAAAACUCCAGCGAAGGACCUGAAGAAGAAGUCAGAGCAAGCCUCUAUGUUCAGUCCAGGCCCCGUCAAGAAGACGCCCGCUGAAGAAAAGCGUCAGCACACUUUGCCUGUAGCCAGUAAAAUUCCUUCAAAAAAACCUGCUGGGAAAGACUAUGUUCCUUUCAGACCUACUGUCCUUUCUACUCGCAGGAUCAAUGUCCGAUUCUCAGAGGCUACACUUGAUAAUGAGUUUAAGAGAUCCCUGGUGAAGACCCCAGCUCGGAUUUCACUGUCCAUCACCUCCAGCACCCCCAAAAAAACAGCUGCAGAUGCAGGAAAGCCCGCCAUGGUCAAGACGUCAGGAUUCUCUGCCCAGAAGACUCCAGGACCUUUUGUUUUCACCGGAAACACAAGUGCGGUAACAACUCCUGGAACCCAAAAGAAACCAGCCUUUGAUCUGAAGGCCAGCCUGUCGCGGCCCCUCUGCUACAAACCUCAUAAAGGUAAACUGAAACCUUUCGGAGAGGUGAAGGAAAACGCAGCAACAAACACGUCUGUCUCCAAUCCUCGGCAAGAGAGCUACAAAAAGCCCAAAAUCCUCUCCAGGGACGACCGGAGAAACAGACAGCUGGAAACCCGGAAACAGAAAAAGGAAAGCAUGCUCGGCGCGAGGAGAGGACUUGUGAUGAUGUAGGCAGGGCGUGGUUCCGCUGAUGCUCACUGG